AUGACCAACAUAUUCGGCUCCCUUACAGCCGAUAAUGCAUUCGGUGGUGAUAAUUCAUCAGGAGGCAACAACAAUUCUCUUAACUUCAAGCUUAAUGAACGAGGAGCAUCAUACGAGGGUAACAUCAUCACUCGAAUACUCGGGUGCCUUGCAGCUCUCGCUGUUCUAGUGGUAUCUAUUCUAGGGCAUUUCUCAUUCGCCGAGGAAGGGAAGAGUCCUUACAUCUGA